AUGGCCGCAGUUUAUGCUCCGUCAGUCAACUUUUCGGCAAAAGCCUCUCCGAUUAGCCUCUGCUUCAGCACCGCGAACAAGCCGCUAAUAAGCUUUACCGGCGGAGCUAAGCUUAAGCCUCUGGGGAGCAAACAUCGGAGGAGCCGAAACCUUGUCUGUCGCGGUGCUUCAUCUGUUUCUAUUCGCGAUUUGGAUGCAGAUGACAUUAGACAUCCUCUGGAUAGACAAAAUACGUUGAUCCUGAGAGCAAUUCCAGGUCUAAACGAAAUCGGAAAAGCUUUAUUAGGAACUGUAGCUGAGCAAGUUAUGCUUCUGGAGAAUAUAGGGACAUCCGUUCUUGUUUCCGAGAAUCAGCUUCCUGAGCUUCAUAAAUUGCUGAUUGAGGCUGCGGGUUUACUAAAUAUUGAGGCCCCUGACUUGUAUUUACGCCAAAGUCCCAUUCCCAAUGCAUACACUUUGGCAAUCAGUGGAAAGAAACCGUUUGUUGUUGUUCAUACGAGCUUGGUUGAACUUUUGUCAAGAAAAGAGUUGCAGGCUGUUUUAGCUCAUGAAUUGGGUCAUUUGAAGUGUGAUCACGGUGUGUGGCUCACGUUUGCUAAUAUUCUUACUCUCGGAGCGUAUUCUGUCCCUGGGCUCGGCAGUUUGAUUGCUCAGACACUAGAAGAGCAACUCUUCCGUUGGAUUCGAGCUGCUGAACUCACGUGUGAUAGGGCAGCACUUGUUGUUGCUCGAGACCCUAAGGUUGUCAUAUCAGUUCUGAUGAAAUUAGCGGGUGGCUGUCCCUCUAUGGCCGACCAAUUAAACAUUGAUGCCUUCUUGGAGCAAGCUCGCUCUUAUGAAAAGGCUUCUGCUAGCCCAAUCGGGUGGUAUAUAAGGAAUGCUCAAACGAGGCAACUUUCGCACCCUCUUCCGGUUCUUCGUGCUCGUGAGAUUGAUGAAUGGUCCAGGAGUUCAGAGUAUCAAUCUCUUCUUAAGCGUGUGAAGUUGGUGAACUCUGUUAAUGGCGUUUAG